AUGGUUGUCACCACCUCGCAGAUACAGGGCUUCUUCGACAUCCUGGUGGAUAACUUGUACGCUGAGCUUGUGGUCCUACAAUGGAUCCGGGAGAACAUCACCGAGUGGAGGAGCCACAUCAUCGUCUCCCGGGAUGCGGCAGGCACCAAAAGGGUGAUAUCCAUUGCCGACAGGUUGAAUGUGGAGUUCGCUUUGAUUCACAAAGAGAGGAAGAAGGCAAAUGAGGUGGACUGGAUGGUUCUGGUGGGUGACGUGAAGGGCCGUGUGGCCAUCCUGGUGAACUACAUGGCUGACACCUGUGGCACAGUAUACCACGUUGCAGACAAGCUUCUCUCGGCUGGAGCCACCAAAGUCUACGAGAUCCUGACCCACGGGAUCUUGUUCGGACCAACCAUUUCCAGAAUAAAUAAUGCUGUCUAUGAGGCCGUGGUCGUCACAAGCACAAUUCCGCAAGAGGACAAAAUGAAACUCUGUUUCAAGAUUCAGGUUAUCGAUAUUUCCAUGAUACCGGUAGAGGCCAUCCGUAGGACACACAAUGGUGAAUCUGCUUCUUACCUGUUCAGCCAUGUUCCCUUAUAA